GAGAAAUUCAAUCCUUCACUGAAUAAGAUUCCAGAUUCACUUAUAACGGCUGUUACUGUCAGGUUCCCUUCUUCUUUGCUUGCCUUUGACCUACUUUUCUUCCUUUGUUGCUCACAAGUCGCUCGCUACUUGAUACAAUGGCUCAACCAGGUCUUGUCCUUCCUACGCCAUCGAUGCAAAGCCAGAUCCAUGAAUUGGCAAAGACACUGCCGCCACCGAGGCGACAAAAUACAGCCUGUGACAAUUGCCGUUCAAGAAAAGUAAAAUGUCAUCGGAUUCCAGGACAAGAGAAAUGCCAGCAUUGUUUAUCCAAGAACUAUUCCUGCACUCAUUUUGUACAACAAGCCACAAGCGAAAGAAAGCGUAACUCCACAACUGCCAGGAGGUCCAGGAAUCCUUCCUCCGUACCCAUCCCUCUUAGCCCUGCAUCUUCCGUUGGCUCAUCAAUCCUCUCACCUAUCACGGAUAAUAGUAUUCAGAAUACUUCACCAUAUAUCAUGCCUUCUGGACCCACGCUUCCUCUUGUUGUCAAGUAUGGAUUCUACCCGCCCAUCACGCUUGACACCCCCACACGCGAUGUUCUUUCAUAUCUCUUUGCACCUCCGGAAGAUGCAUCAAGUGAUCCAAAUCUCUUUAAUCCGGGCCGAUCGAAAUCCCCUUAUGCCGCAUGGGGUGAUCAAGCUGUGAAGCUUGAAGACGAUGUCUUCAAAUCCGAACUUGCUUUCGAUUUGAUGGAGAUCUAUUUCCAAAUUGUCCAUUCCCGGCUUCCCCUUCUCAAUCCCACGCAGUUCCGUAAUCGACUACGAACAUCGUUGUCCUCAAAUCCGGGCACGGAAAAGCCUCUUCAUCCUGCUCUAGUGGCGACAGUCCUUGCCUGGGGUACAAAGUUUUCCGAACAUCCGCUACUCAUCGCAGAUCGCCAGUGUCACAAUGGGCAGAGUUUGAUUUCGAAGGCUAUGAUCAAUCGGACCAGAGACCUUGCAGAGGCGCUCAAAGUUCAUCGUAUCCCAAAUCAAGAUCACGUCGUGAUUGGAUUACUUGUUGAAACGCUUCAAAGCCAGAACCCUGAUGAUCCAAGUGCAUUCCAUGGCUUUUGGCUCACCGCGGCGACUCGUCAUUUAUUGGACUUGCAGAUUAACCACAAAUCUGUUGCUGCUCAGAUUCCCGACACCGAGGCCCGGGGAACCUUGAUUUUCGCUUGGUGGAUGGCAUGUAUUUGUGACGCUUACAGCUCACUUUACUAUCGACACAAGCCUGUUCUAGACGACGACGACUACGAUAUCGAUUUUUACACUGCGGACCCUCAGUUAAGCUCGGAUGGGACAGCCCCUUCCCCCCGUGAGCAGUUAGAGUUUCUCGGCUAUUACCGAGCAGCUCACUCAUUGGCGAGGACUGCAAGACAGAUGUCCAGACAGUUGUGGCGACCAAUCACUGACGCCGAUGGCAUAUCUUUUGAAACACUACGGACUUUCGCGUCGGCACUUCGUAUCUGGCGAGAGAAGUAUCUUGCUCGUGUAGGAGUGCCCAAAAACUACAAUGCGGGAUGGGAUUUUGUCACGACCGUGUCAUGCUUUGCCAGUGACGCUCAAUAUCAUGUCAUGUGGAUUGUGCUUUUCAACGCACUGGAUGAAUUUGGUGUAAAAGAGCUGAACGAAAAUGACAGAAGCGGCUCGCCUCCUGAGAAUGUCCAAAAUCGGGGGUACAUUGAAGAUGCUAUGCGAAGAGUCGGAGAAGAGGCACUAAACGGUGCUCUCCGUAUCGCAGCUUUGACCUCAGUUCUAUCGGCCAAUGAAUAUCUGAAACUCGACCCCGCCGUUGUCGAAUUCCACAUCAUAGCAGCAGGUCAUUUACUGGCGCGCUUCGGUAGACCGGAAGUCGCUACGUGUAUCGACGGUCUCAAACAGUAUAGUCACUCUUACGAAGAGGCUGGAGAGCAUGCGCAAGACAUUCGUAAAACAUACGAGCAAGUGCGUAAUUCGGGUGUAGACCUGAAUCACAUGGCCGCACUAGUCAAGCAGAUUGCUGCAUUUCCAACCACCACUACGGAGCCUGAGAUUCUUCCGGGUGGACAUGAACCGAUGUCACCUUCGGUAUUGGGUUCGUUCCAAAUGAAUGGAAUGUCGAACAUGGAUGGUACCGGUAUCUUGAUGGAUGUGGAUGAAGAAUCAACGGCUUUCGUAGCAGCACAUAAGAAUGAGGUAUGUGCUUCUCAAACUUCACGAGCAUAAGAUGCCCGUUGAUCACUAUUUAUCAGCAUAUACCCUCGGCUUUUAUGUAGAACGACGUCCACUCAUCGUUCUCAUCGUUCUGUUACCUCGGUUGUAUAUCUGCCAUGCCAGUGUACCGUCAAUUGUGACUGUACUCUCUUUAUUCUACUUGUCCGCUGCCUGUAUUGAACGUAAGUUCGUUGUAUGCACAUUUCGUGUACAACCUUGCCACAACCAAUUUGCUGUGUUAUUCCUUGUUUAACAUCAUGUUAGAUUGAACUUUUGUAGUGAUAGUAGUCUGUUUAUUAUCGUAGACAAUGUAAAUUGAAUGCGCAACGAUGGUC